AUGGAAACUCCUCUAGUCGAUGAACGUAGCCCUAGGACUAACUACCACCGCGUUGACUUACAUAAGACAGAUCCAACAGAGAUGAGUGACACGAGCUCUCCGGGUGCGAGCUCUUUAAAGCGUUUUGCGUGCCAGUUUGACCCUGGCUCGAGAAAUGGACGCGUGCUGGUGUUACUGUUUGAUCGUGACGGUGACUCGGAGUUCAAGGAAAUGAGCAGACUAGACGUGCUGAAGAUGACGCAGCAAGCGGCAGUGCCCAAGAAGGAAGAUCCGGAGGAUGUUGCCGAGGUUGCAGACGUUGCGAAAGUUUCGAUGCGGAGGCUAGGAAGUCUAGGCGCCAAAGGUCGACGAGCCAGCAUGAAUGUGAUGCGUGGUGAUGGUGGGGGGCCAGACGGACCUAAUUACGCGACCGUCUGUGACGUGCAGCGUGUUCACGCACGAGAUAUUCGACGGAUGGAAAACGCUUUCUCUGUGUCGAAUGAGCCAUCGAUAAUUAUACGAAAGCAAGCGAUUCUCAUCAGUGCUGACCCGUUGCGAGCAAUUGUGAUGCGAGAUGUGUGUCUCGUGUACGUUCCCGAUGGAGCAGACAGCCUCUUGUCUAUUCUUAAGGAUAAAUUCAGUCAGGUUGCUCGAGAAAAUGCGGAGGAUCCGUACGAAUUUAGGGCGUUAGAGGCGUUGCUAGCGACACUUGCGCGGUACUUUCAAGCAGACUACGAAAAACUCUCUCCCAUCGUAGUGUCUGCAUUGGAUCGGCUGGUGGACGGUGUGCGUCGCGUGCUAAUGGAGCUGCUUGAUAACGAAGAAGAUCUCCGCUUGCUCUAUCUUACCAAGCUACAUGAAGACCCCUCUUUGCUGACAGAUCUGUACAGUUUUGACUCAGAGGAAGCUGAAGUUUUGAUUGAGAAUUACCUUCAAGACAUCUUUUCUACACGCACGAAGGCAGAUCUCAUGCAGCAUCGCAUUACAAAUACGGAAAGUUUGGUGAUGUUGAAGCUUGACUCGAUGCGAAACUACUUGCUUCGAGUAGAUCUUGUGUUCUCGCUUGCAACGAUUGGUUUGUCGGUGGGCACACUACUUGCGGGAGUCUUUGGCAUGAAUCUAGCGUCGGGGGUUGAGGAAGCGUGGGGAUGGUUUUGGGGAGUUGCGAUAAUUUGUGUGGUAGCUUUCGUGGUUAUCACUACCGUAGGCAUUUUGUUUUUCAGACAGAAGGGAGUGCUGCAAAUUUGA